CCUUUCUCUAUAAAACACUCACACAUACCAAAUAACGAUUAUCGCUGAUAUUUCCGCUUAGAUUAAACGAUGGGAUUUACGUGUUCGGGUCGUCGGUACGAAAUUGUAAAUAAAUUCAAUUCGGUUAUUUUUAAAACGAGCGCUAGUCGAACUGUCGCCGUAUCGGCUAAACUAAAUGAAAACCGCUAAUUAACUACCACACAUUUAUUGUAUUUUUAUUAUUGGUGUUGAGAAAACCGUUUUCGUAAUCGACGACGUUCCUAUGACAAUCAGAGAUUAUCAUCCGAUAGUGAGAAUUUAUCCACGGAAUUCAAGUGAUAAGAGAUGUCAUGUGUGAUGAUGGUACAUAUACUUUUCGAUUUCUCUAAUAAAAUCAGUAUUAUCCGGGAGGUGAUACUUUGCGGGAUAUAAAUUUUGAGUGACAUUUGUUUUUUGGAAAAUGGAUAAAUCACAAAGUGCUUCUAAAACGCCUCCUGACGGGGGAUGGGGAUGGAUGGUAGUUUGUGGCGCUGCUCUUAUCAACAUGGUGAAUCAGGCGAUGUUCGCCAACUUCGGACUGAUUUUUGGGGAAUACCUGAAAAAAAUCGGAGGUGGUCACGCGACUGGAAUCACUUUAGUGUUAGCUUUGAGCGUUGUAGUGACUAAUUGUACGGGACUUAUAGUAGGACCUCUACUGAAAUUAUUAGAUAUUAGGACUUUUACGUUGAUCGGUAUCGGUUUCGUGGGUACCGGUAUGAUCGUUUCCAGUUUUGGUACCGCCACUUGGCACAUCGUUAUCGGAUACAGUGUAAUGACAGGAUUUGGUUUGGGACUUUUGGCUUCUGGUACAUUUUUAGUUAUAAAUGAGUAUUUUACAACGAAAAAAAGUACAGCUGUAGGAAUCUCAAUGGCGGGGACUUCAGUAGGACAAAUGACAAUGCCACCUUUCAUAGGAAUGUUGUUGAAGAAAUACGAUUAUAGUGGCACUACUCUUAUUUUAGGUUUCGUAAGUUAUACUGGCAUCAUCGGAGCCGCAUUUUUCAAGCCGGUAUUCUGUUGUAAAAAAUGGGGUCCGACAGAGGACGUUGCGAGCAUCGAAAACGCUUCCGUAAAACCUACAGGGGAUGUUCCAAAUGAAGUUAAUACCGUAACUAAACCGGAAGAAGAGAAAUUGUUGAAAGCUCCAAUUGUUGAAAGAAAAGUUUCGAUAAACGAUCGGAAUAUUUCUAACGGCGAUACCACCGUUUCGAGUAACGACAAUAAACCUGUCAGCAGCGGAAGGAAAAUCUCGAAUACGGAACGUAAAAUUUCAUCGGCGAAAGGAAUGAUAAAAUCUUAUAGUCAAGGAAUACUGAAAAGCCACAUCGAAGAUAAUUAUAACGAAUCUGCUAUGGAAUUAGGAAAUAGUCAUUUCAAGCUGAAUCAUGAAGAUAAAAAUCACCACUGGUUCCGAAAAAUCAUCAAUACCUUAGGUUUCGAUUUACUAAAAGAUCCUAUCUAUGUUCAUAUUGUAGUAGGUUUAGGUUUAGUUUACGUUUCGACCGUAUCGUUCGGGGCAUUUUUUCCUAUAUUUUUACAAGACGAAGCCGAUUUGACGGUGUUUCAAACGACAACCGUGAUGACUUGUCUAUCAUCGGCAGACGUAUUAGGAAGGAUCACCGCUUCGGAAAUUUGCAGAAGAAUGAAAUUCAGUAACAGAAAAUUCUUCAUGUUCGGUACCGUAAUGUUGUCGCUUAUGCGUUCAGUUGAGAUUUUGAUGCCGAAUUAUACUUCUUUAAUGAUAGUUGCGUUUAUUGUUGGUUAUUGGCGAGCAGUCGCCGUGAUAAAUCAAAAUUUGGUCAUAUCCGAGUAUAUUUCAAAAGAGAAAUUACCAUCUGCCGUUGGCCUUAAUAUGGUUACCAAAGCUUUAUUAUCAUUAACGGUAGGACAAAGUUUGGGUUUGUUGAAGGAUUUGUGGAGCUACGGUGCGUGUAUUCACACGUUAAACAUCAUGGCGAUAGUUGUCAUAUUGUUGUGGUCGAUAGAAAUGUUCAUCAGACACGUGAGGAAACCGAAAACAACCAUUAUCAUCGACGUUAAAGACGAAGCUGUCAGUUAAUAUUUUCUAGUUUUAGUAUAUAGUGGCUCAAAACAGACUCGUAUUUCUUUUGAUGUGUAUAUAAUAACUCAAAUAAGUAUUUUUUUUUAAUUUUAUCUACUAAUUUAGUAUCUAGAUAUUCGCAUAUGGUGACAAUUCAAGGAGAUUAUAUUUUCUUUAUUCUGGGAAUUUUUAAAUGACUCGUUCAUAUUUGAACUCUA